UCAAACCACGCCGCCCUGAGCCACUGAAACUCGCACAUGCGCACACUAGAGGGAAGUGAAGUCCUUUUUGCUGUUGGAGUCGCAGGCUAGAGACGACUGACAAUGCAGCUGUUUGUGCGCACACAGAGCACCCACACCUUGGAGGUGACCGGGCAGGAGACUGUCCGGGACAUCAAGGCCCACGUUGAGUCUCUGGAAGGGUUUGCUGCUGAUGACCAGGUCAUCCUGCUGUCCGGCACCCCUCUGGAUGAUGAGGCUGUCCUGGGAAACUGCGGAGUCACUGAGCAGUGCACUCUGGAAGUGACCGCCAGGCUGCUGGGAGGCAAGGUCCACGGUUCCUUGGCUCGUGCUGGCAAAGUCAGAGGACAGACACCAAAGGUGGACAAGCAGGAGAAGAAGAAGAAGAAGACGGGGCGUGCCAAGCGUCGUAUCCAGUACAACCGUCGCUUCGUGAACGUGGUCCCCACCUUCGGCAAGAAGAAGGGACCCAACUCCAACUCCUAAACAUGCCCAGGCUGAUGGAACGGCUCUGCUCUGGGGAGAUGCAGAACAGACCGAGCCCAUUGCAGUGGGUCCUUCCUUCCUUUCUGUUGUAGUCUAUCUGAUCCUCUCUCUGCAGUAAUUUACCUGCUCAGUUCAAAUUUAACAGGAGUGUAGGGCACUAAAUUAAGAGAUGCUUUUACAUUUUCUCCAAUAGAUUCAGUAUGUGGCUUUGGUGUUGCUGUUUCGUGUUAAAUUAACAUGGGGAAGGAUCUGAAGCAAAGAGCCACAUGCCAGGCUUGCCUGCAAUUGUACUUUGAGAAGAAUUUAAUAAAACACAAUUUAUCACCUGGAAA